AUGGCGCAAACCACACAGUCUGCUGCAUUCUCCAGCACGGCAGUAGACAGGACCAAGGUCGGCAACAAGCGGCCGGAGGGCUAUUCGCGACACUGGGAGCAGGAUGGAGAGGCCUUGCCUGAUGAUGAGGACGCUCGGAAUACCCGAAAGCAAAAAUACGAGGAACUGGUCAACGACUACUAUGAUGCGGCGACAGACCUCUAUCUUGAAUCUUGGGGCCAAUCUUUUCACAUGUGUAGAUACCCGCGGGGUCCCGAAAACAAAGAAAAGGCGACUGCAAGGCACGAGCAUUACCUCGCUCAUAUGAUCAGUCUUCGCCCUGGAAUGCGUGUACUUGACGUCGGCUGUGGUGUCGGAGGUCCUGCCAAAGAGCUCGCCGCCUUUGCGGGCUGCCAAGUUGUCGGCCUAAACAACAAUGGCUAUCAAGUACGGAAAGCGGCUGAAAUGGCCAAGGCUGAAGGCAUGGAGAAGAUGGUAGAGUUCGUCAAAGGCGAUUUCAUGGACAUCCCUUUCUCGGAUGCUGAAUUCGACGCAGCCUUCGCAUUGGAAGCGACCGUCCAUGCACCGUCUCUGCAAGACGUGUACGCACAAGUCUAUCGAGUGCUACGACCCGGCUCAGUGUUUGGUGUCUUUGAAUGGGUCCUCACCGACAACUAUGUCUCUGGUGACCCUGCACACGAAGCAACCCGGUCCGGCAUUGAGCGUGGCAACGGAAUUCCUUCGCUCCAGACAAAAGCAGUGGCUCGUGCAGCCAUGAAAAAUGCCGGGUUUGAGCUGCUCGUAACCGAGGAUCUUGCCGAGAAACAAGACGAGAUACCGUGGUGGUAUCCAAUAUCUGGGGACGUAAAACAUGCGAAGGGCUUCAAGGACUGGCUUUUGGUCAUCCGGAACACACAAUGGGGUAGGGUGGGCGUGAAAAUUAUCGUAAGAAUCUUGGAGACAGUGAGGGUUGCGCCCAAGGGGACACUGAAGAUGACCGAGGAAUUUAUCACUGCCGCGGACGCUUUGAUCGAUGGUGGGAAGAAAGGCAUUUUCACGCCUAUGUUCCUGAUGGUGGCCCGGAAGCCGGACGCUUGA